UCGCUAAGGAGGUCGAAGUCCAGGGCAUUGCAGACGAGGACGCCAUCCAGUGCAUCGCUAACAAGGUCGCCGUCGAUGGCAUCGUUAAAGAGGUCGCCGCACAGGGCAUAACGAAUGAGGUCGCCGCCCAGGGCGUCGCUGAGGAGGACCCCGCCCAGGGCGUCGCUGAGGAGGACGCCGCCCACGGCGUCGCUGAGGAGGUCGUCGCCCACGGCGUCGCUGACGACGACGCCGCCCACGGCGUCGCUGACGAGGUCGCCGUCCACGGCGUCGCAGACGAGGUCGCCGCCCAGGGCAUCGCAGACGAGGACGCCGCCCAGGGCGUCACUGAGGAGGACCCCGCCCAGGGCGUCGCUAACGAGGACGCCGCACAGGGCAUCGCGAACGAGGACGCCGCCCAGGGCGUCGCUGAGGAGGACCCCGCCCAGGGCGUCGCUAACGAGGACACCGCACAGGGCAUCGCGAACGAGGACGCUGCCCAGGGCGUCGCUAAGGAGGUCAAAGUCCACGGCAUCGCACACGAGGACGCCAUCCAGGGCAUCGCUAACAAGGUCGCCGUCGAUGGCAUCGUUAAAGAGGUCGCCGCACAGGGCAUCGCGAACGAGGUCGCCGCCCAGGGCAUCGCUAACGAGGACGCCGCCCAGGGCAUCGCUAACGAGGACGCCGCACAGGGCAUCGCGAACGAGGACGCCGCCCAGGGUGUCGCUAAGGAGGUCGAAGUCCAGGGCAUCGCACACGAGGACGCCGCCCAGGGCGUCGCUGAGGAGGACCCCGCCCAGGGCGUCGCUGAGGAGGACGCCGCCCACGGCGUCGCUGAGGAGGUCGUCGCCCACGGCGUCGCUGACGAGGUCGCCGUCCACGGCGUCGCAGACAAGGUCGCCGCCCAGGGCAUCGCAGACGAGGACGCCGCCCAGGGCGUCGCUGAGGAGGACCCCGCCCAGGGCGUCGCUAACGAGGACGCCGCACAGGGCAUCGCGAACGAGGACGCUGCCCAGGGCGUCGCUAAGGAGGUCAAAGUCCACGGCAUUGCACACGAGGACGCCAUCCAGGGCAUCGCUAACAAGGUCGCCGUCGAUGGCAUCGUUAAAGAGGUCGCCGCACAGGGCAUCGCGAACGAGGUCGCCGCCCAGGGCAUCGCUAACGAGGACGCCGCCCAGGGCAUCGCUAACGAGGACGCCGCACAGGGCAUCGCGAACGAGGUCGCCGCCCAGGGCAUCGCACAUGAGGAUGCCGCCCAGGGCGUCGCUGAGGAGGACCCCGCCCAGGGCGUCGCUGAGGAGGACGCCGCCCACGGCGUCGCUGAGGAGGACCCCGCCCAGGGCGUCGCUCAGGAGGACGCCGUCCACGGCGUCGCAGACGAGGUCGCCGCCCAGGGCGUCGCAGACGAGGACGCCGCCCAGGGCGUCGCUGAGGACCCCGCCCAGGGCGUCGCUGAGGAGGACGCCCACGGCGUCGCUGAGGAGGACGCCACCCACGGCGUCGCUGAGGUCGUCGCCCAUGGCGUCGCUUACGAGGACGCCGCCCACGGCGUCGCAGAUGAGGUCGCCGCCCAGGGCGUCGCAGAUGAGGACGCCGCCCAGGGCGUCGCUGAGGAGGACCCCGCCCAGGGCGUCGCUAACGAGGACGCCGCACAGGGCAUCGCGAACGAGGACGCCGUCCAUGGCGUCGCUAAGGAGGUCGAAGUCCAGGGCAUCGCACACGAGGACGCCAUCCAGGGCAUCGCUAACAAGGUCGCCGCCCACGGCGUCGCUAAGGAGGACGCUGCCCAGGGUGUCGCGAACGAGGUCGCCGCCCAGGGCAUCGCUAACGAGGACACCGCCCAGGGCGUCGCACACGAGGACGCCGCCCAGGGUGUCGCUGAGGAGGACCCCGCCCAGGGCGUCGCUGAGGAGGACCCCGCCCAGGGCGUCGCUGAGGAGGACGCCGCCCAGGGCGUCGCUGAGGAGGACCCCGCCCAGGGCGUCGCUGAGGAGGACCCCGCCCAGGGCGUCGCUGAGGAGGACCCCGCCCAGGGCGUCGCUGAGGAGGACGCCGCCCACGGCGUCGCAGACGAGGUCACCACCCAGGGCGUCGCUGACGAGGAUGCCGCCCAUGGCGUCGCUGACGAGGACGCCGCACAGGGCGUCGCUGAUGAGGACGCCGCCCAGGGCGUCGCUGAUGAGGACGCUGCCCACGGCGUCGCUAAGGAGGACGCCGCCCAGGGUGUCGCUAACGAGGACACCGCCCAGGGCGUCGCUAAGGAGGUCGAAGUCCAGGGCAUCGCACACGAGGAUGCCGCCCAGGGCGUCGCUGAGGAGGACCCCGCCCAGGGCGUCGCUGAGGACGCCACUGCCCACGGUGUCGCUGAGGUCGCCGCCCACGGCGUCGCUGACGAGGACGCCGCCCACGGCGUCACUAACGAGGUCGCCGUCCAUGGCGUCGUUAAAGAGGUCGCCGCACAGGGCAUCGCGAACGAGGACGCCGCCCACGGCAUCGCUAAGGAGGACGCCGCCCAGGGUGUCGCUAACGAGGACACCGCCCAGGGCGUCGCUAAGGAGGUCGAAGUCCAGGGCAUCGCACACGAGGACGCCGCCCAGGGCGUCGCUGAGGAGGACCCCGCCCAUGGCGUCGCUGAGGAGGACGCCGCCCACGGCGUCGCUGAGGAGGUCGUCGCCCACGGCGUCGCAGACGAGGUCGCCGCCCAGGGCGUCGCAGACGAGGACCCCGCCCAGGGCGUCGCUGAGGAGGACCCCGCCCAGGGCGUCGCUGAGGACGCUGCCCACGGCGUCGCUAACGAGGUCGCCGUCCAUGGCGUCGUUAAAGAGGUCGCCGCACAGGGCGUCGCGAACGAGGACGCUGCCCAGGGCGUCGCUAAGGAGGACGCCGCCCAGGGCGUCGCUAAGGAGGUCGAAGUCCAGGGCAUCGCACACGAGGACGCCAUCCAGUGCAUCGCUAACAAGGUCGCCGUCGAUGGCAUCGUUAAAGAGGUCGCCGCACAGGGCAUCACGAACGAGGUCGCCACCCAGGGCGUCGCUGAGGACCCCGCCCAGGGCGUCGCUGAGGAGGACCCCGCCCAGGGCGUCGCUGAGGAGGACCCCGCCCAGGGCGUCGCUGAGGAGGACCCCGCCCACGGCGUCGCUGAGGAGGACCCCGCCCAGGGCGUCGCUGAGGAGGACCCCGCCCAGGGCGUCGCUGAGGAGGACCCCGCCCAGGGCGUCGCUGAGGAGGACGCCGCCCACGGCGUCGCUGAGGAGGACGCCGCCCACGGCGUCGCUGACGAGGACGCCGCCCAGGGCGUCGCAGACGAGGACGCCGCCCAGGGCGUCGCUGAGGAGGACCCCGCCCAGGGCGUCGCUGAGGAGGACGCCGCCCAGGGCGUCGCUAACGAGGACGCCGCACAGGGCAUCGCGAACGAGGUCGCCGUCCAUGGCGUCGUUAAAGAGGUCACCGCCCAGGGCAUCGCGAACGAGGACGCCGCCCAGGGCAUCACUAAGGAGGCCACCGCCCAGGGCGUCAUGAACGAGGCUGCCGCCC